AUGGAUUCCUUAGCAAAAAAGCGAAAAACCAACGAGACUACAGGCAUUCCUGUAGCGCCAGAGAUUCCUCAAAAUGAAGCCCAUCGGUCGAGACGGCCCUCCUUCCAGUCUCCAACGAGGGCCAGUCUUGCACGAUCACAUCCCGAUUUAUUAGAGCGCGCAAUUAGCAGAUCUCCUGUCCGACGACCAGCAAGCAGAGACAGUGGGCAACAAGAUCCUCGAAAAUUUGGAUUACGCGAUCGCAAAGCACUCCGACCUUCGCUCAAUGCCUCCGCAAGUCCCCUCACUCGACCUCGAGGCUCUGAAGCGCCCGAAAGUUCCCCCAGCAGGCGCUCAAGUGGCGUUCAAGCGUUCUCAAAACCCCCGCGCAGGAUUUCAAGGAGGAUUUUCCCAGGAGAUUUAGUAUUUGGAUCCCCAAUGCCACAGCCAAAGAAUCCCGAAUCAAAUACCCCCGAGCGUCAAUUGGCAUUGGAAUUGGGUAGCGCCACAAGAGAAGCAUAUAUGGAUAUGGAUCCGGACUCCGGUUUCAUGGAUGAAGAUAUCCUCGAACCCGAUCUUCCCCCCACGCCCACACAAUUAGGUCUAGAAAAGGCCCCAGAUCGACCCAGGGGAAUGUUGAGUAGCAGCCCCAGUAGGCGACAGGAGAAACGAGCGAAACGAAGAACUAUCAAUGCUUUGUACGAAAGCCCACUUAAGGCAGUGAACUUCCAAUCCCCUCCGCUGGAGGACCUGGAGACAGCUUCAGACUUGGGUGAAGUUUCAGCAGCUGUUCGCGAGAAACGCAAUUCGCGCGAGAAGAGCGCUGCAGAUCUGCGACGGCUGAGAAGCGAAGUUGAAAAACUGGAACAAUGGGCACACAAAAUCGAGUCUAAUCCUGACUCGGACGGCGACACGAGAGGACUCGACGAAUUUCUGUCUUUACUCACAUCCGAAGAGGCGAAUCGUACAAGUCUCCCAGUACCAAAAACAGCCCCUAAAUCGGUAUCAUCCCUCCUCGCCACUCUACUCCCGUUCUCCGCCAAUAUCCCUCGCCCAAAACGGAAAUUAUCAUCGCUGCCGACGAAUCCAUUUGCCCUGCAAGAAGCCUCUCAAUCACUGCCAUACCUAACAGCCUUCGCGCCCUUGACCCUCAAAACCCGUACAACUCGGUCAUCACGUAGGGAGGAGCUGUUCGAAACACACACACUGACCUUUUCUCCUCCAUCUCCGUUCCCAGCAAGUCUAUAUCAUGUGACUGUUGUCUAUGAGACGAACCUCGAGACCCAGUCUUUGAUUUCUCUGUCAGUGCCUGCUGGCAGUGACAGCAAGAAAAGAAAAGUCCCCGAAGCUCUCCGUCGAUGGAUCAAUACUCGCUUAGAGAACCCUCUUUUGAAACUUGACGUGGCAACUCUAUGCUGGGGAAUAAACCGUUACUGGGAAUCUGCAAUUACUCGCGCUCGUUUGUGGGCACACAUUGACCAUGAGUAUGGCCCUCGGGUCUCUCAGGGUAGAAAGGAUACUGCCUCGGAAAGCAAGAACGGCCUCAUCAGACUUUCUGAACUGCGACGACUGGUCCCGCAUUUAGAUCGGAGCGCGAUGGUCAUCAGCCCUAAAUCCCCUGACUCCAGUCUCCGAGUGCUUUUGUCAAAUACUUUGGUGUUGGAUGAAUGGACCGGAGAGCCUCAGCUGCGGCCUGAGAUUAGCGUGUCGAUCCCCGGGGUAGAUAAGAAGAUCGAUCAGGAGGCCAAGAAGCUUUUCCAUGCGUUGCUACGUGAGGAUGGCGCUUUGGUCACGCGAGGUAUCGAGGGUGGUAUACAUGUUGAUGCGGUGGUAAGGGCGACUGAAGGUGCUCUUGGUGCUUUGUUCGGUGGUCUUUGA